UAUUCCCAUAUGUCGGAGAAAUUUUCCAUGGCAAAAGCAGCUAAAUGUCUCACAGAUAAGAGAUAAACUGGAAUAAACAGCUGUCAGUGUUAAAUAAAUAUCCUGGAUAAUGUGCAGGACAGAAAUAACUGCAGCAUCGUCAAACUUUCUUCACUUUAUUUAGCUGUUCGUGCAUGUAGCUCCCAAGCUUUUCACUGCUCUAGUUAGUGAAGCAUUUAUUUUUGAGUCAGCUGCAUUUCUUAAGACUGUAACAACGAAAGGCAUUUCCUGAGAAACUGCAAGGAUGAGCAGCAAGAAAGAACAACAGCUAAGGAAAUAUGGGACCCUUGUAGUGUUUUUUAUCUUGCAAGUUCAGAUUUUUGGUUUUGAUGUUGAUAAUCGACCUACAACAGAUGUCUGCUCAACACACACAAUUUUACCUGGACCAAAAGGGGAUGAAGGUGAAAAGGGAGACAGAGGAGAAGUAGGCAAACAAGGAAAGGUUGGACCAAAAGGACCAAAAGGAAACAAAGGACCAGUGGGCGAUGUUGGUGACCAGGGAAUGCUUGGGAAAAUUGGUCCAAUUGGUGAAAAGGGUGACAAAGGAGCCAAAGGCUUACCGGGGGUUUCAGGAAAAAAAGGAAAAGCAGGCACGGUCUGUGACUGUGGAAGAUACCGCAGAUUUGUUGGACAAUUGAAUAUCAAUGUUGCUCGUCUUAACACAUCCAUCAAGUUCAUGAAAAAUGUUAUAGCAGGUAUCAGGGAGACAGAUGAGAAAUUCUAUUACAUUGUGAAAGAAGAGAAGAAUUACAGAGAAGCCUUGAUCCACUGCAGGGACAGAGGAGGAUCACUAGCCAUGCCUAAAGAUGAAGCAACCAAUGCCCUGAUUGCUGACUACAUCUCCAACAGCGGCCUGUUCCGAGCCUUCAUUGGGCUGAAUGACAUGGAAAGAGAAGGACAGUUUGUGUAUGCAGACAACAGCCCACUGCAGAACUACAGUAACUGGAAGCAAGGGGAGCCUCAUGACCCAGCUGGUCAUGAGGACUGUGUGGAAAUGCUCAGCACAGGAGAGUGGAACGACUCUGACUGUCAAGUCACCAUCUACUUUGUCUGUGAAUUCCUCAAGAAGAGGAAAUAAAAGUGACAGAGAAUGUUCCUGGCACUGGCUGUACAUAAAAUAACCCAUCCUCAUUCAUUCACAGUAGGGAGAGCAAAUCAGGGAUAGGAAACCAGGGACAGGGCUGAAUCCAGCCUUCACAUCACUGGGCUAAGCAAGAGUAACUACUGUUUUGUCACCGGUGACUGUGACACCGGUCAGGUCAGCACAGGUCUGAAUUUUUAUUUCAUUUCUACAUGCAUUUUAGGAUUGGCAUUUCUAUGUGUAAUUUAGGGGUAAAUUUAGAGCAGAAGUGAAUAUAAUUUCACCAGUUCCAGAAAUAGUAAGAUCUUUGGUAUAUGAAGUACUGAUGUGAUUUGCAUAGUCCACAGAUAGAAAGAGCAUGACGUUCAUUAAUCUCUGACUUGCACAGGGAGUCGCAGUAAUUUCCCUAAUGGCUUCAGAGAUUGGAGAAAAGAUUUUAAGUAUUUCUUGAAAAAAUCCUUCUUUUGUUAAAAUCAUAAUCUGAGGUGGGAGGUAUCGCUGGAAGUCAUUUGGUUAAAUCUUGCAUGCAAAAUAGGACCAACCUCAGACUUAGAAGUUGUUAUACUCUCCUUAAUUUGUCUGUGCAACUAUAUUCCAGAUAGGUAUUUAUCUGUAAUAAAUAAAGCCUUUGACACGGUCCCCUACAGUAACAUUCCCUUUAAA